AUGGCGUCUGCCGGAAAGCCUCCAUUGGAGGAUGCUCGUCGGACGACAGGAUCACCGAAAAUGAAGAGCCGUGAGAAUGCGAAAGACACAUUGUGCCGUAAUGUGACCAUCUAUGGGCGAUGCCGCUAUGAAGACAAAGGUAUUGCGAACCUGAAUCACGGCCAGCGCUGUGCUUUCAAUCAUGACCCGUCGAAGCUCAAUGCAAAUCAGUCGGAUAGGACUGUUUCGUUUGAUAGCAAGAAGCGGUUCAAUGUCGACUCACCUAGCUUCACUCCAUCCUUGCUGUCUGGGAAUGGUGUAUCAGCACCAAAAAAGUCCACAGCUAUAUCUCCCAAAGCUGCCAGUGCAGCUCCUUUUCAACCUCGAACAACCUCAUCACAAAAAGGUUCAAACACGAGUACACCAACAACACGGUCAGAAGCAGUGCAAGACUGGGCGGUGGCCGAUGUACAGGAAUUUAUUCCCCAGGGGUUUGAGCACGUGGUCAGUCGUGGCUUGUCUGCCAUGGCAUCUGAAUUCGAUCCUGAAUCUUCUGAUUCUCCCCGAUACUUCACCUCUCUUCCGCCUCAGCCUGAAAGCCCUGGGUGGUUCAACAGUAUUCUGAGCAACCGUGCUAAUUUUCCUACUCAGACCCCUCUUCAGGGUAAUGGAAACGGAGGCAUCACCCCCACGGGUGCAUUUGAUCCUUUUGUUACUACCCCAACUGCCAUGACUCCCGGUGCCGUUGGCCCUGUUUCUGCCAAUCCUUACUCCCACGACCAUACUGGCGCCAUGGGAGGUGCUUUCUUUGCAAACCAAACUGGAUUCCAGCAGCCGAUUCAGUACCAUCUUUAUGCCCCAAUUGGCCCUCACAGCCAGAACACAUUGGGAUACCAGCGCAACGUUCAUGAUCUCUUUAUUCCUAACGACUUGCGCGAAGAACUGCAGAAGAAAUCUGCAGCUACUCUACAAACUCUCCCUAACACCCAACUCCCUGCACAGGUCGACUACUUCCAUUCCCUCGUCCCUCUAGAUCUCAGUCAUCAGAAGAAUGCUGCGAUCUUUGGCUACCCGAGCUGGAUCUACAAGGCCCAGUCUAGCAAAGAUGGCAUCUAUUAUGCUCUUCGCAGACUUGAGGGUUACCGCCUGACCAAUGAGAGGGCUAUCCGUUCCGUGCAAGCCUGGAAGCGUAUCUGCAACGCCAGUGUUGUGACCAUUCACGACGCGUUCACCAGCCGCAGCUUCCAAGACAGUUCUUUGAUCUUUGUGACCGACUAUCACCCACUGUCCAAGACACUUGCGGACCAGCAUCUCAGCGCUGGAACCCGCUUCCCAGGCCGUCAGACCAAUGCUCAUAUUCCUGAGCAGAUUCUCUGGGGCUACAUGACCCAGAUCGCCAAUGGACUUAAGGCGAUCCACGCCAAUGGUCUUGCUGCCCGAGUGCUCGAGCCUAGCAAGGUUUUGCUUACUGCUAAGACCCGUGUCCGCAUCAACGCCUGCGCUAUUCUUGAUGUGGUGCAAUUCGAUACCCAGCGGACUAUGGCUGACCUCCAGCGACAAGAUCUGGUCAACUUCGGCCAAAUGAUCGUCACCCUUGGCGCCAACUCACCCACUGCCAUCCACAACCCAACCAAGGCCAUGGAGCAUUUCACUCGCGCCUACAGCCCACAGUUGAAGAGCUCUGUGUUCUGGCUGUUGAACAGUCUGCAGAAGGAUCAGGAGCGAAGCAUCGACACUUUUAUCACUGGCAUCUCAUCCCAGCUGAUGUCAACUUUUGAUUCGGCACUCCACCUAGAUGAUCAGCUGAACUCUGAUCUCGGCCGUGAGUUGGAGAAUGCACGACUUGUGCGCCUGAUGGCCAAACUCGGGUUCGUCAAUGAACGCCCUGAGUAUGAACUUGACCAGCGCUGGUCGGAGAGCGGCGAACGCUACUUCUUGAAGCUUUUCCGCGAUUACGUCUUCCACUCGGUGGAUGGCCAAGGCGAUCCAGCGGUUGAUCUUGGCCAUGUGUUGACUUGCUUGAACAAGCUCGAUGCAGGAACUGACGAGAAGAUCCAUCUAGUCAGUCGCGACGAGCAGAGUUCCUUCAUUGUCAGCUACAAGGAGGUUAAGAAGGCUCUUGAGUCUUCCUUCCAGGCUCUGAUGAAGCCCGCUAGACGCAUGCACUAG